AUGACUGAAUCGAGCCAAAUGUCUGCUGAUCAUGGGAUCGGUCUUUGUUGCAGAGGGAGUGGACCAUGGGCUCCAGUUGCCAAGCUGCGAGUCAGAACAGGCCAUGCUGCAAACCUUUCCCUUUCAUCUCCAAAGUCGUCCACUGUCCCGCACAUGGUGCAAAUCCAAAUUGACAGGGGAUCAUGGGCUAGGUUAUUUGCUGAUCCACCUCCCUAUUUUCUUCAGUUGUGCCUACUGCACACUCCGCGCCGCUCCCCUCCAUGGCGCGUUGAGACGACAUCAAGCAAGGCGGAAAGCUUGCACAAGUUACGGAAUCACCGACCAAUGUUCCCCUCUCUACUGCGACGCCCUAGGGCUGGCCCCCGUCGAAUCGAUCGUCGCCAGAACACAAGUGCUUCUCCCUCUCCAGGUCCUGCGAGACGACGCUAUACUUUGGAACGACAUGCAACGGCUGAUUUCACCGAAGCCGACGACGACGAUGCUGACUUUACCCACGACGAAGGCCUGAGGCGGUUCCGGAACAAUGAACGGCGUACGAAUAAUGACGGCGACGAGGAGGAGGAGGAUGAAGACAACAACGACGGUGACGAAGAAUAUGGAAUGAAUGAGGAUGGACGACAGAGCGGUCUACCUGUUCUGCCUUUGUUUUCUGCCUCUCAUUUGGAUUCUCUGCCAGUGUAUAGUAUAACACACGCCAUCAGAAUUAUCAUCUCAACACGAACCGAGACGACUCUAUCAUGGGACCAGCUUCGCUCACCUCAGGUGUCCCAAUUCCUUGUCAAACCUAUGCAGCAACAGAUUCGCGCUCAGCACUUCAACCGCGCCACGUUGUAUGCUCUCAUGAUCAACUGUCUUCAGUUCAGCAAAGAGGGUGCACGCUACCCAGGCAAUGCAGGCAUAAGUAGCACUCGUGCCAAGGUUUGCGAACUGCUGACUCUCAAACUCCUGAAAGAGUACAACACCCGCGAGCUCAUUGAUGCCCUGGCCUAUGAUUUCUACCCGCUUCAGGGGCUUCCUGGAUCUCAAUUACCUACCUCUCCACGAAAGUCACCGCCAGCUAGUUCCCUGCCUUUGAUUGCGUCUCGGACUUCAACUCUCGAGGUUGCGAUCCGAGCCUCAGCCAAGCAUCUGCUUGCGCAUCCUCUGGUUGUCCAACAGCUCGAGGCUAUUUGGAGCGGCGCAAUCACCUUCCAUUCGUCUGCCGACAGUUUACAUCGCGAGCCCCCACCAAUCAAUAGCCGCAAUUCAAACGGCUUCAUAGGGAAAGCAGAUGACAGAACGCCGCUACUCGGAUCGUCCGCUCCGAAGGACUCUUAUUUCACUCCACCAGGGCGUCGUUUGGAACUGAUCUUCUGGUUCUGGAGUGCCGGUUUCAUGCUAGACGAGCUCGUUGGUUUCAACGAGCAGGGGUUUGAGCUCUACAUCAUGAGCGUUUGGAGAGUCUUUGAUCUCGGUAUCCUGUUGUUGCUAAUCGUCUAUUACUGUAUGCGAGCAUAUGGCGUUUUUCUGGUCGAUCCUCAUCACUGGAACGACCUGGCGUAUGAUGUUCUCGCAGCGAAUGCGAUUCUGCUUCUGCCACGCAUCUUCAGUAUCCUGGAUCACUACCAAUACUUUUCACAGCUGCUCAUUGCUUUUCGAUUGAUGGCUGUUGAUCUUGUGGCGGUAUUCAUUCUAAUUGGAAUUCUUUGCAGCGGGUUUUUCUUCUUCUUCACAUUGACAAAGAACUCAUUCGGGGCAAGCGAUGUUGCCUAUAAGAUUUUUCAGAUUCUUAUGGGGUUCACCCCUGCCGCCUGGGAAGUAUGGGAUGCGUACAAUUGGCUAGGGAGAGCCUUGUUAGUUCUAUUCCUGAGUAUUUGUCAUUUCCUUGUCGUCUUCAUGGCUAUUGCGAGCAAUGCAAACGAAGAGCACCAUAAUAUCUUUGCCUGGCUCCUCAUGCCUCUUCGAUAUUUCAUGCCAUUGCGGCACUUCGUUUGGCUGAACCGGACAGUCAUCAAAGUCACACAUUUUCCGGUGCUAUUUUGUAUCUACUUGUACGAGAGAUACUGGCUUGCGCCAUCUAUGUACGAACCUACCGAUUUGGUGGAACACCCAAAUCGCGACCGGACUCGACAUAUCUCCUUCAUGGAUCCUACAAGCCGAGCCGCCAUCUUUAGUCCAAGCGUUAGGAUGCGCGAAGAGUCGGUGGCUGGCUUCCAACAGGAUCGAGCUCUGGAGGAAGUGUUCCGGCGCCUGCCUGAUCCUCUGACAUUGAGAACACAGAGACGCCAGGAGAGACGAAAGACGCAAACCGCAAUUCGUAACUGGAUGGACCAGCACGACGACAAUGAACCUUCUCCGGAGGCCUCGAUGCCUCAUUGGCAACGAAGAUCUAGCGUGGGCCUUGCUCGAACCAGCAAUUUGAGGCGCGUCUCGGAUGUCAGAUCGAUAGCAAGUGAUCCUGCUGAUCUAAUUUCCAACGCUGGACAGCCUCUCUGGCCAUCUCAUUUCUCCAGAACUCGUCUAGCCGGUGAAACCGAGUACAAGGACCAGACAGAUGCGGAUGGAGAUGAUGAACUUGUGACAAAUGAUGAGGAUGAGGACGAUCAUCAUACCAAUGCUGCUCAAAGCCAAGUUGCCCGGAGUCAUCGAAUUAGUGAAGAAGCCGACAGCUACUUUGCACCGAAUGCCAACAGUUUUGGAAAACUAGCAUCGUCCGUUAGCUCAUCGGGCAAGAGUAAAAACUUGGCGCCAACUCCGAGACCCAAACGAGGUGCGCACAAUCGAACUCUCUCCACAAACACGAUACUUUUCAACCCCCAGGACUUCAAGCCAGUGUCAAAAGCGUCUUCACUUUCACCUCCUCCCUCCGGCCAGCCGCGACCGCGUACCAGUGGGCGCCCGGCAACGGGAGAAAAGACUCCGAGACGCAGCUCACCCCGUCGUACUAUAUACGUCACCAACACCAAACCUCGGCCAGUAAUGCCACCGCGAGGCAUAACCGAGGCCGGAGCUGUCAGUCGAUCGGCCCUUUUAAGUAUUGAGCCACGCAACCGACCCAAGGACGUCCGGAGGUUGUCCUCAGUUGACUUGAGUGCUAUUUCCGAUCAUGUUGGAGGGGAUCCUAUUGGAGCCAUGCCAGGUAGUUUCCAAACGCAAAUGGCCAUGGCCAUGAUGAAGGACAACCAUCUGCGGGGGGUCGGUGGUAACGACUCCGGUGACCGCGACAGAAUGGGAAGGCUGGUGUUGGCCAGAAUGAAGACGUUGGAGGAGAGUUUUGCGGAUGUCAUCAAGGAAAUGCGCGACUUGAAGAAGUCUUCGACAGUUCCUACUACGCGGCGCAACUCCUCCGGUGAAGAGGGCCCUUCGGCGCAGAUGAUAGAGGUCGCUGGACGAGACAGGCUUAGGAAGUACACUAUGGAAAACAAUCAACGAAAGGUGGCGUCUAAGCGACCAGUCAGUCGGCGAAGUUUCAAGGAAGCCAAGCCGGGCUGGGAUACCAAGGGGAAGGGGAAGGAAGUGGCAUACGAGUCUGACGACGAGGCUGAAACGGACGACAGUCUGUUUCAAAAAGGAGGCUCAUUGUAA